AUGGCUGACAAGCAGAUCAGUUUGCCUGCCAAAUUGAUCAAUGGGGGUGUCGCUGGUCUAAUUGGAGUCACCUGCGUGUUUCCCAUCGACUUGGCUAAAACUCGCUUGCAAAACCAGCAAAAUGGAUCUCGCCUUUACACCAGCAUGUCAGAUUGCCUUAUCAAGACUAUCCGGUCAGAGGGAUACUUUGGGAUGUACAGAGGUGCGGCGGUGAAUUUAACACUGGUCACGCCAGAAAAAGCCAUCAAAUUAGCGGCCAAUGACUUCUUCAGGCAUCACCUCUCCAAGGAUGGAAAGCUCACUUUGCUCAAAGAGAUGCUGGCUGGGUGCGGUGCAGGCACUUGCCAGGUUAUUGUCACCACUCCUAUGGAGAUGUUGAAAAUUCAGCUCCAAGAUGCUGGACGUAUUGCGGCUCAAAGGAAGCUGAUGCCAGAAUCGGUGCCAGCUGGCACAGUGGAACCCAAGUCGCCAACUGCAAUGCAGCUCACCAGACAAUUACUGAGGGAAAAGGGAAUUGCUGGAUUAUACAAGGGCCUAGGUGCCACAUUGCUCAGGGAUGUUCCAUUCUCCAUCAUCUACUUCCCUCUUUUUGCUAACCUGAAUAAAUUCGGAAAGGGAGGUGCUGAUGGACCCGCUCCUUUCUAUGUGUCGUUCAUUUCCGGCUGCUUAGCGGGGAGCACGGCUGCAGUUGCGGUCAACCCAGUCGACGUGAUAAAGACAAGACUUCAGUCUUUAAACCGGGGGAGCACAGAGGAUACGUACAGCGGAGUGACCGACUGCAUCAGGAAAAUCUUGCGCAAUGAAGGCCCAUCAGCCUUCCUGAAGGGGGCCUACUGUCGAGCUUUGGUCAUCGCACCUCUUUUUGGCAUCGCUCAGGUGGUUUACUUCCUGGGCGUAGGAGAGUAUCUUCUUAGCUUCUUGCCUAAAAAGGACAACUAG